CUGGUGCACCGUGCACGUCAGGUGCCGGGUGCGAGAGAACCGAAUUUACGGAGGUGAUAUAUGGAGGCGCGGUGACGGGAGUGGAUUCUGCGAGAACCAAAACAGUUUUAUUAAAUUAAAAUUAUUAUCCAAAAUCCGGUAGUUCUUACACUUGGGGAACUUGGUCCCAAGCUAUUUCUUUAGAAUUCCCAAUGGCGUACCCGUCACUCUUCUAACAUUUGAACAGUUACGAUCUUUAACCCACGACACCCACUUUUAUCCUGGAGUUGGCUAGCCACUUGGUCUCGUUUCUACUGGAUAGGAGCUUUCUCUAAUGAGAGGCAAUGUAAACAUGAGAGUUUGCUCUCCUGUUUGUUUAUCUUCAAUUAAUGCCAUUGUCCUGAAAGGUCGCGCAAAUCUGCUACUAAGCAGCAAUACCUGUGGUCUUUCGUCCCAAGGAAAGUGUGGUUCAUGUUCCAUCCAUUUGUCCCCUGGGAAAUCUGAGUUACGACAUGUUGGUUUUUCUGUUUAUACAACAUCGUCUUGUGCAACUAUUAUGGGCCAAACAAUCAGGGGAGGUUGCUUGGGAUCUUGCUUCUCCAAGCAAAGGGACAACGUUCAAGUCCUGGGCUCUGUAGGACCUCAGAGGAGGAAUCUUGAAGUGUCGUUGGCUUGCCAAAGUUUGAAUAUGAGGCUUUUGGUACCUAAACAAAAGCUGCUUCCUAAAGCCAAGUGUAAGGUGGGACCAAUAACUUGGCCACAUGGAUGUGCAUCAGCUGGCUUGAUUUUUGGAUUACUUGUUUGUAAUUCAAGUUCCCAACCCGCGCAUUCUGAGACAGAUACAGAGAAUGGGAGAACGGAAGAUGACUGCAGUGAGCCAUCCGUGAAAUUCUCACAUGGGAAGGAAGUUUACACUGACUAUUCUGUAAUUGGAAUACCUGGAGAUGGACGAUGUUUGUUCCGUUCUGUUGCUCACGGGGCUUGUUUGAGGUCCGGAAAACCUUCUCCAAGUGAAAGUUUUCAGAGAGAGCUAGCAGAUGAGUUAAGAAACAAAGUUGCUGAUGAAUUUGUCAAAAGAAGGGAAGAGACAGAAUGGUUUGUUGAAGGUGAUUUCGACACUUAUGUUUCCCAAAUUAGGAAGCCCCAUGUGUGGGGAGGUGAACCUGAACUAUUCAUAGCUUCGCAUGUUCUGCAGAUGCCAAUCACAGUGUACAUGUAUGAUAAAGAUGCCGGUGGCUUGAUAUCUAUUGCUGAGUAUGGACAAGAAUAUGGCAAGGAAAACCCGAUCAGGGUUCUCUACCAUGGCUUUGGCCAUUAUGAUGCAUUAGAGAUUCCUGGAAAGAAGGGGCUUAAGUCAAAACUCUAGCAGUUUACAUGCACCUUGCAAAUAUAAUGAAGAGGAGCAUAUUAUACUCUCUACAUUUCACAUUACAACAACAGCUAAUUGUUUAUUUUAGUUAAACUUGAAACAAUCAACAUGGGAAUAAACAUUUUUUUCUGUUAAACUAGACGAAUGACAGUGUAGGCAAAGAGAAUGUAAUGUUAUAUAGCGAGUUGGGCCCAGGCCUGAGGACAAAUACUUGAGGCUUGUUGGCUUUAA